UAUCAACCCAUGUUAAUCGACGCUAUUCCUCACUAUUUCUUUUUACGUCUGAUAGCCCUAACUUGUAUUGAUGCACACAAAAAAAUACAAAAACUUUUCUAAAAAAGAAAGAAAAGAAAAUUAAUUUUUAUUAUUUAAAUUAUAUUAAACACAAAAAAUAAAAAGAAUUAUGAAAUAUUUUUUAUUUUCUAUAAGAGUAAUCAAAAGUUAAAUGCAGCAAAGGAUUAAUUUUUUAUUUAAAAUAAAUUUGAAUGCAAACAGAAUUUAUACAUUUAUUCAAAAUUUCUACAUUCAUAUAUCAUUUAGAUGUAUAAAAAAAAAGAUUUAAAAUGCAUUACUUGAAAUUUCAUUAUCGAUAUUUUUUUAUGUUCUUGAUUUUAUCAGUGAUUUUAUUUAUUUUUAUAUAUAAUAUAUAUAUCUAUAAAUCAGAUUAUAUUACUGAUUUUAAAAGUAGAAAUUCAAAAGUAAAGCUAAAUAUUACUUUUGCAGUAAAAAAAGAAAAAAAAAACUCACUUAGUAUACUGUGUAAUAUAUUUAGCUGUUUCAAUGUUUAUCAAUGUGGACACAAGGGGAGCCGAUUAUCUGUUUAUGUCUAUGCAUCUAAUCUUACAAGUUCAGAUGAAAAAUUAAAAAAAAAUCAUUUAACGCAAGAAUUUAAUUUAAUUUUGCAAGCGAUUGUUUCUUCUAAAUAUUAUGUAUCAAAUCCUAAUGAAGCAUGUAUAUUAGUGCCUUCUUUUGAUAUGCUAAACUCCGAUAAAAAAAAUACGCCUGUAAUAGAUUUUUUGAAUAAGCUACAACACCGGGAUGUGAGAUCUUCCCUGAGAUUUUGCAAUAGGGCAGCGAGACAAGCAAUAUUUUUGACAGAUCUAUUCUGAUCAGCGUGAUGCAUCGGGUUUCUAAUUAAUAUUUGGACUGCAAAUCUAAUUAAUUCGUUGAAGCCAUCUACCAAAUGGUCCUGCAUAUCACGUAGCAACAAUGGGGCCUGCUCAUCGAUUGCUGAUUUAUCUUUGCCUUGCCAGAUUUUCUCGAGUUCUAUUCAUAACGUUCAUCCUCGUUUAAGUCAACCUCAAGAGUCGACUUCUUCUGUCGAAGCUCUACGUAAGGCCUAAAGGCUAAAGUAAGACCCGCAACCUGCCAGGCUGAAACUGCAAAUGGUAGAUCCUCGAUGGUCAGCUCCGUGUCAUCAUACAGGCGCUUCCAGUGGUUAUGCAGAGAUCUUGGUUCUUGAGCCUUUUUUUUCUUGAUAAAUAAAUGUGACAGAUUACGUAAAUAAAGAAUCUUAAAAUAAAACUGUUUCACUAUGAACUCUUGAAACUUUAGGAGAUAAUGAAAGACAUGAAAUCUGAAAAAUACUUUAAAUUAAGGUAAAAAGGUUAGGCGAGUUGGAUGUAUUGUGAAUUAACACUUAUGUCUAUAAUUUUGUUUACAAUGAAACUACAGAUUAAAAAACAACUGAGAUCUAUGAAAAAAACGUCAAAUUUAGAAUCAUAUUAUUUUAUUUAUAAUACGCCAAAAAAACAUUGUUGUUAAUUCAGUGCUGAGUCAAAUGAUUGGUAAUUUAUGAACUUAAUGAAUACUAGCAGGGUUACCUCCCUGCUAACGUCGCUCGGUUGAUUAGGUAUAUAUAUUUAUAGCUCUGAAGAAAAUUGUCAAUAACAUGUCAAUAACAAAAUUGUAUGCCAUGUUCGAUUUUGAUUUCGAUGAAUCAGCAAUUAUGGAGAAUGAUUUAGGUAGCAUGAGUGAAAUAUGUGAAUUCUGUAAUGCUAAACAUUUUAAAUUUGAAUUAUUAUGUGUUAAGAAGUUUUUUAAUUGUUGCAAUAGAGGAAACGUUGUAUUAUCUGAUAAUAUCACUUAUCUUUAUAACGUUUAAAAGAAUUAGUUUCUGGAAAUACUGGACAAAAGUAAACACUUUUUAAAUAAUAUUAGACAAUAUAAUAAUGCACUUGCCUACGCAAGUUUUGGAGCUAGAUUUGACGCUCUUCGGAAAAGGCCCUCAAGUUAUUCGAAUAAGUGGUCAAAUUUACUACAAUUUUUAUAUCUUAUAUCCAGACGAAAACUAAACCAGAAUAUAUGGGCAACUAUACAUCAUUGAUAAUGAAAUCGCCUCGCAAUCACACAAUACCUCACAAACUAAUGUGUCAUGUUGUUACGUCGGAAUGUGCGUAACCCACCAAUAUACUUACGGUGUCGAGUUCCUAUGUUCGGCUAUUAUUUAUUAUUUUUAUUUAUUCAAAAGAAAUCCCUUUUGGCUACCGCAGACGCGGUCACUACCUUCCGGGAAAGGGAGCCGGAUAACGAAAUCACUUUAAAGCCGUUAGAAUUUUAAGAGCAACUACGAUUUUAUUCACUCGAUUAGAAAAGAAAGAGAAAAGUACCUUUUACAAUAUGUGUGUGUGUGUGUGUGUGUGUGUGGAUGUAUCGAUGUCUCAGCAGGAAGCUGCAGCUGUGGGUCCUUGGCGCUCUGGAGCCUGGCAUCGGUGGUUCAGUGCGGUCAGGCUGGUGUGCGUCUCGGUCCUCCUAGCUUGUCCCUCUUUGAAGCAGAUGUUGACAGAUGGGCGCUCCGAUGUGUCGGCUCUCUUUCCGUGAUGAAAGAGGACGGUGAAAGUGGCGCUUGUCUUAUUCUUGACACGAUCACUUAGUUUUUGUAUAAGCUAUUCUUUCUCGAACUCUUUAACGUAUCCGCACUUUUUAAUUGGUUUAGUGCGCACUAGUUUUAUUGUGGCGACAAAGUUCGUCCGCGCUGUUCUGACUCGCGACUAACUGAUUCGAUACUGAUUUGAAUAGUAUAACUGAUAUCGACUGGAUCUGGCGACUAGCAGCGAUUCGUUUAGUAUGACGAGUUCAAGGAAACUGACCAUGUGCACCCUUUUGCUCCCGGCCUUUAUAUACUGGAAAUUCUGUAGCCUCGAUUUUCCAUAUUAGGAGUGCCUAAUAUUCUCACGACUUUUCUCUUGACUUUGCGUGACCUCGUAAAAUUUUUAUUACCUUGAGUUUUUAGGAAAAGCGUCUUGUGACAGCUCUCCUGCUGCUUUUCGUCGCCUGCGUACUGUCAUGUGUAGCUUUUCCCGAUUCGUUUUCGGGAGAGCGUGCUCGACCUAUGCUUGCUCGUCGCAUAGCUAUUUUGAUUUCCGUCGUUUUUCAUGAGGAAUAUCGCGACUCGUUCAGUGACAUCUUUUUAUUUCGUCGCCGUCAUUUUUUUUCUUGGCGUUAGACAUUCUUUCGGAUGAUCUUCGCCUAGAGCGCGGUUUGUCGCUACGCCUCUAAUCCUAUUUUUGUAGGAAUACGUUGUGGUGGGAAAUACUGCUUCUUGCGGCUGCUGCGAUGACGAUGCUCGCGAGUGUCUCACGUAUGUGUGUUUCUUGUUUCGUGCGUAGAAAAAUUGUGUGACCUACUUAAAUUGGUGUCGUAGGCGCGUAAUGGAAUCCGGGAUUCCAUUACAAUGUUCUUUAAUGCUAUGAAAGGAAUUAGAUAAUUUUUUUCGACAAGUAAACAUGUACGCUAAAUCAUACAAAAUGAUGCACAAAAGUAGAAAUGGAACAACAACAACACAGCGAAAAGGAAGGAAUCACCUUUUAUUCCAGUAUAUUUUUGAACCUACUAACAACGUGCAAAAAUCAGAAAUCGAUGAACGUCUAAAUCAAGCUAUGAUUGCUGGUGUCGGAUUUACAAAGUACACAUUUAGAAGAAACUUUGAUAUAAGUCUCCCGGUAUUUAGUUCUUUACUUUAUGAUAUAAAGAACGACGCCAGAAAAACAAGAAAAUACUUUGUGAUAUCAUCUCAAGCCAACACUAAUCCAGAUAUUCAUAAGGACUUAUUAAAUUUACAACAAAUGUAUCCAAAUGAAUUAUAUAUAUUUGAUACGUGCUUGGGUUUAAAUAGCACAAACAAAUUUUUGCGAUGCACUAAUAACCAAGUACAUACAUACACCGACGUUUUACAAACUUCUUCAUUCUGCUUGGUACUCAAAGGAGAGAAUUUUGGACUAUCUAUUUUAUUAGAAGCCUUAGCAUAUGGAUGCAUCCCUGUUAUAUUGUAUGAUUCUAUAGUGAUGCCAUUUGAUGAAGUGAUAGAUUGGCAUAGGUAAGAUUUAAUUUGUAUGUUUCAGCAUAGUACAUUUUUUAAUUUAUAAAAGUGCUAAGUUAAAAACAUUGGUAGAAUACUACUUAUAUUUCAAAUGAUUACGAUCUUUUUGUUUAUCUAAUAGGAGUAUCAACUAUUUCUGUUUCAAAUAAGCUAUCUUUUUAUUUAAAUUCUGAAGAUUUAAGGUUUAAUUCAAUGCUUAAUCAAAAUCAAAACAACUUGAAACUUUUUAAAUUUUCCUCUUUCAUAUUAUUCAUACAAA